ACAGGUGCAGUAAAUGAGGACUGCAGGAGACGGCUGCCUUCUUGGAUCGGUUUCGCGUUUUUUCCUUCAAAGUUGUGAUGGCAUGGACGCAUUCGUACUAUGCACGCGGUUGCAGAGCAGUGCAGCUCACGGGUGCAGCAGGCACAUCUGUGUCUGUGUAUGCGAGCAGUUGCCAGGGGCAGAACAGAACGAGGGAAAAGAAAAACGAACACGCAGUAGAAGAUGAAUCAGUAUCACGAGGACCUUCGGCAGGUCGGACGUGGACACAUCGCAAUGCAGGCUUUUGGUUUACUCCAAGAAGAUCAUUACCACGGGGACAAUCACAACAACUUCACGACGGCACGACGAAUAGCUACAGUGGAUUCGUACACAGCUGCACCAAGAGCAGCUGCAGCAGUCAUGAUCCCACAUCAACGACGAGGGGACCAAGGUUGUUCCCUUUUUUUUCCACCAAAACCAGCCACCGUCCACGUCCGCCGGUUUUGUGCGAGUGGAAGUUUGCGGGACAAGUCGCCGAGUUCCAGGACGGCACGGUCCACCGGGUGGAGUUUCCGCAAACCAACUAUGAGCCGACCGUCGUGUCGCUCGCGCGCACGGAGGGCCGCAUCUACUGCGUCGGGGCCUCGUGCUCGCACUACAGCGCGCCGCUGUACCACGGCGUGGUGGAUAAGCACACGAUCACGUGUCCCUGGCACGACGCGGCCUUCGAUCUGCGCACCGGGCGCCCGGUCCGGGGCCCGGUCCUGGACGCGAUUCCGGUCUACAAGGUGAAGCUCGUCGAAGAGGCGGUGUACGUGGACAUUCCCACCAACCACGAGCCGGACUUCGUGCUGCCGAAACGGGCGGUUUUGGACUUCACGAAAGAUCCUCGGCGCUUCCUCCUGGUCGGCGGCGGCGCCGCGGCCGCCUCCUGCAUCGAGGAGCUGCGCGCGAGUGGGUUUCAGGGCGAGAUCGUGCUGGUCUCCGAAGAGCCGAACACGCCGAUUGACCGGCCGGUGCUGAGCAAAAACAUGCUCCGCCGGAAACGGGAACUCCUGCUGCGGGACCGCUCUUUCUACUCCGAGGAACUCGGCGUGGAUUUGCGUUUGGGCUGCACAGUCACGAAAUUGGACCCGAAGGCGAAACAAGUGACGCUGGUGAAGUCUAAAACCACUCUGGAGGUUGGGGUCUCCACGAGCGGCAGCAGCAGCGGUGCUGCUGAAACAGAUCAGGACCAAAUCGUACUUCCGUAUGACAAGUGCCUGGUUUGCACGGGCGGGCGACCGCGUGUAACCGUGCCGGGCGCCUUGCCUCUGCGGACGGCGGCAGACGCAGCUGCAAUUGCAGAACGGACGAAUCAGCAGGAGCAGGUGGUGAUCGCCGGCGGGGGCUUCAUUGGUGUCGAGUGCGCCAGCGCAUUAAAGCGCAAAGGCUGUGACGUAACGGUCGUGAGCCCCGACGAGUUUCCAUUUCAACGACUCCUCGGCAAAGCCAUUGGCGCACGAAUUUUGGCGCUGUUGCAAACUAAGGACAUCAAGUUUGUUCCCAAAGCAAAAGUUUUCGGAGAUGGUGCCAACAACGUAGUAGCGAGUGCUGGACGUGCUGGCGCGAGUACAACGAAGAAAACGACCGUGACCGUGACUCCUACCGCUGCCAGCGAGGCCACAGCAUCGUCUUACCCGCUUUCGUGUGAUUUGGUGAUCGCGGCGACGGGCAUCGUUCCAAACGGGGAAAUGGUUUCCGGCGAAGAGAUCGAAAAGUGCUCGGACGGUAGCAUUUUGACGGAUUCUUUUCUUCGCACCUCUGCGGAUGAUUUGUUCGCCGCGGGCGAUGUGGCUACGGUUCUCACAGGUGACGGGUCCGCGCGCCGGCGCAUCGAGCAUUGGGGCUUGGCGCAGACGCACGGUCGCCUCGCGGCGCGCGCCAUGCUGGACCUGCAAGCUCUGGAGCAGGGCGAGCUGGUUCCUUUCUUCUGGACGGUUGUGUGUGGCAAAACGAUCAAGUACGCUGGUUAUUGCACAGCACCUGGCUCAAGUACGAGUGCCAGCAGCCAGGCCAGCAAGGGAACUACAUCAAGCAGUACAGCAUCGUCACAGCAAGUACACAGUCACAUAAACUGGGCCGGGCCUGACGUUGAAGUAGUUCAUCUGUCGCAGCAACCUGCUUCGGGAUCAACCACAGCACGAACAACAGCUGCUUCCUCGCCUUGUCGAAAGAGAAUCUUGAUUCGCGGCGACCUAAACUCCAUGUUUUUCGCGGCCUAUUUUUGCGUCGACGGCAAGGUGCAAGCGGUUGCUUCGAUGGGCAUCCAGGAGCCCAUUACAUUGGCAGCGGCGGAACUGAUGAAGCGGGGCCAAAUGCUGACGGAAGACGAUCUGCUGGCAAAUCGCGACCAGGUGAUUCAACGCCUCCGAAAAUUGAACAAAAAAGAAGAAGUAUUAACAACAAGUUCAUCACGAGAAGUUUGAUUGUAGGACCAGCAAGACAAAUUAAUCGUCCGCCUUGUCCUCGAACGCGAUCCUUUCUUCAACUUCAACAGAAUUGAGGCAAAAAUCAAACUUCCGUGGAUACUUCGUGCUUGAAAUCGCACGUAAGCCCAC